UAAUCCCUCUCUAGUACCGUUCGAAGCCACCAAUUUGAUGCACGUAACAAGUUUGAAAGUGAAAAAAUUUGGCCUUUAGUUCCCCUUAAGACAAAAUCACUAUAAAUAUCCCCAAGCAUUUCUUACGAAACCUUGAACUACACGAGAGAGAGCGAGAGAAACGGCAUAACUGGUUCCCACCGUCCGCACUUUCUCGCUCUAUACCCUCUCUCCAGAGCUUCCAAACGAAGUUUAUAGCAUCGUACUACCUCUAAAGGGCUCUGACUGUGUUUUUUUUGUGUGUUAAAUGGCUGUGACAAAGAGCAACAGGAAGAAACACCAGAGUUAUAUUUCAGUGUCUUCUCAAAUUAUCAGCUCAAUCUCACAAUCUUCACUCGAGUGUUUGCUAGAAUCUCCCAAGAAAAAGCACAUUUCUUCCUUAAAGCUAAGGCCUUUCUUGAAGAAUCCAAGAUUCUGGGUUUUCUUGAUGUUUGUGCUCUGUUUUCUCUGUAUGUUGAAGAUGUGGUUCCACUUUGAGCCAGUAACGCCUCUGACACAGAACAUAUAUUUUACUCCUCAAGAAAAGACAAUAUUAUCAACUGGGCUCUCAAGUUCUCAGCUGAAUCUUGUGGAAAUUGAAGAAACAGAUAAUAAAAUUGAGUUUUGGAAACAGCCUGAGGGGAUGGGGUAUAGGCCUUGUUUGGAUUUCAGUGUAAAAUAUGGAGAGGAAACUGAUGAAAUUAUGAAGGAUCGGACCAAGUAUUUAAUGGUGGUGGUUGCUGGUGGACUGAAUCAGCAGAGGAAUCAAAUUGUUGAUGCUGUGGUGAUUGCAAGAAUUCUUGGAGCUUCUCUGGUUGUUCCUAUUUUGCAAGUCAAUGUCAUAUGGGGCGAUGAAAGUGAAUUUUCUGAUAUUUUCGAUUUGGAUCAGUUCAAGAAUGUUUUGGCUAAUGAUGUUCGAAUAGUUUCAUCACUUCCCUCAACACAUCUGAUGACAAGGCAUACAAGGGAAAAGACGACUCCUCUUCAUGUUUCUCCUGAAUGGAUUCGCUCACGCUACCUUAAACGGCUUAAAAGGGAUGGUGUAUUACUUUUACGUGGCCUUGAUUCCAGGCUUUCCAAGGAUCUUCCUUCCGAUCUUCAAAAGCUUCGCUGCAAGGUGGCUUUUCACGCAUUAAGAUUUGCCCCACAUAUCUCAGAACUUGGGAACAAACUUACUGAGAGGAUGAGAAGGAAGGGACCAUAUCUGGCUCUUCAUCUGCGUAUGGAGAAGGAUGUAUGGGUGAGAACAGGGUGUCUUCCUGGUCUAAGCCAAGAGUACGAUGUCAUGAUAAAUAAUGAGAGGAAGUCACGGCCGAAGCUCUUGACUUCAAGAAAUAACAUGACCUACCACGAUAGAAAACUUGCAGGCCUCUGCCCCUUAAAUGCCUUGGAGGUCACACGAUUGCUGAAAUCAUUGGGAGCACCAAAAAGUACAAGAAUUUAUUGGGCCGGAGGGAUUCCAUUGGGUGGAAAAGAGACCUUGCAACCUUUGACUAGAGAAUUUCCUCAUUUCUAUAACAAGGAAGACCUUGCCUUGCCUGGGGAGCUUGAACCAUUUGAAAAGAAAGCUUCAUUAAUGGCUGCUAUCGAUCAUAUAAUUUCUGAGAAUAGCAAUGUAUUUAUGGCGUCUCAUGGUGGAAAUAUGGGCCAUGCAAUUCAGGGGCAGAGGGCCUAUGCAGGGCACAAAAAGACCAUCACACCUAACAAAAGACAGAUGAUACGAUACUUUAUGAAUUCUUCUCUCCCUGAAGCGGAAUUCAACAAAAUUAUAAUGGAUUUGCACAGAGAUUCCUUGGGGCAGCCAGAACUUAGGACAAGCAAAGUACGAAGGGACGUGACGAAAUAUCCUGUCCCAGAGUGCAUGUGCAAUAAUUCAGUGACACAUUCCUCUUUCUAACUUCUCAUGGUAUCACUUGUCAUGGCACUGAUCCUGGCAUCAUUUUUGAUGAAUAAAGGUCAUCAAGAAAGCUCCAAACAGGAUGUAUUUUACGAAUUCAUUAGGGCUAAGCCUUUACAUUUCUACACAAGCGCAUAUUCUUAGAGGUGCACUGCCAUUUGUGAAAGCAGGGAUUUCACUCCCAGCCCCAGGCCACAUAGAAAGAAUGCACAUAUUUGCUUAUCUUGGUUCAUUUGUACAACCAGCACCAGGAAGAGAACUACUAUGCUUAUGGUAUAGAUUAACAGAAUACUCCGGCCUGUUUAUGAGACGCCUCGAGUAGUUAUUCAGGAAAUGAAUAUGUAAUUUUUUAUUUAAUUGAUUAUUAGCUAUAUCUAUGUACAAUGUCAUUAAUGAUAUAUACACACGUACAGAUUCCUUUGAUGAA